AUGAGUCACUUCAACCUGCGCGAAUGCAUCAGUCUACAUGUUGGUCAAGCUGGUUCGCAGAUGGGUAAUGCCUGCUGGGAGCUAUAUUGUUUGGAACAUGGUAUCCAGCCAGACGGGACUACAGCCAGCGACGCUAAGAAUGACGAUUCGUUCUCGACUUUCUUCAGUGAGACCGGCGCUGGGCGUCAUAUUCGCACCGGCACUUACCGCCAAUUGUUUCAUCCAGAACAAAUAAUUAGCGGCAAAGAGGAUGCUGCCAACAACUAUGCACGUGGACAUUACACGGUGGGUAAAGAGGUGAUCGAUCAGGUUCUCGAUCGUAUCCGGAAGCUGAACGAUCAAUGCUCCGGCCUACAAGGAUUUCUGAUUUUCCAUUCAUUUGGUGGGGGCACCGGUUCAGGUUUCACUUCCCUUCUGAUGGAACGGUUGACUGUUGAUUAUGGAAAGAAAGCGAAGCUGGAGUUUGCUGUCUACCCAGCUCCGCAUAUCGCUACGGCCGUUGUUGAGCCAUACAACUCUAUUCUGACAACGCACACAACCUUGGAGCACUCCGAUUGCGCCUUCAUGGUUGACAACGAGGCAAUUUACGAUAUUUGCAGACGCAAUCUGGCGAUCGACCGACCGACUUACGCCAACUUGAAUCGUCUCAUCGGUCAAGUAGUGAGUUCCAUUACGGCAUCCCUUCGUUUUGAUGGUGCGCUGAAUGUGGACUUGACGGAAUUCCAGACCAAUCUGGUACCAUAUCCACGCAUACAUUUUCCUCUCUCCACCUACGCUCCCAUCAUCUCUGCAGAGAAGGCGUAUCACGAACAGCUCACGGUUGGCGAGAUCACAAACUCGUGUUUCGAACCCUCCAAUCAAAUGGUGAAAUGUGACCCCCGUCGCGGCAAGUACAUGGCGUGCUGCCUCCUGUAUCGCGGUGACGUUGUCCCGAAGGAUGUUAACGCAGCGAUCGCGAACAUCAAAACCAAGAAGUCUGUGCAGUUUGUUGAUUGGUGUCCUACCGGCUUCAAGGUGGGUUUGAAUUAUCAGCCCCCCACAGUUGUGCCUUCCGGUGACCUAGCCAAGGUUCAACGGGCCGUUUGCAUGCUGAGCAACACAACAGCGAUUGCCGAGGCAUGGGCGCGGUUAAACAUGAAGUUUGAUCUGAUGUAUGCGAAACGCGCAUUCGUACAUUGGUAUGUCGGCGAAGGCAUGGAAGAAGGUGAAUUCUCGGAGGCUCGCGAAGACUUGGCUGCUUUGGAGAAAGAUUACGAAGAAGUCGGUUUGGAUAGCGUCGGUGAUGAGGUCGAAGAUGAGGAUUAUUAG